AUGAAAUCGCGCGAUCAUCGCGAUGUUAAACAAGAUCUUCGAGGUAAAAACGAAAAUAAAAUAGUCAAGCUAGAUAAGGGAAUUAAACACGACGGAAAAGGAGUCAGACGAACACCGAUCAAAGGAACCAAUGAAGGAGGUCAACAGCGAACCAAACGCUCUGGAGUGGAAGCAGUGAAACUGCAUCUGAAAGCGACUGGUGGAACAGGCAGAACUUCGCGCUCUGCAACAUCGAUACGCAAAACAAGCGUCCGAAUGGCAGCUAUAAAGGAGUACCCUUUCGAUUUGAGUGAUUUGAAAAACCAACCGAGUGGUGAGGGCAGUCUUGAAGUGCCGCAGCAGUCGAUAUCUUCGCCGACAGAAACUACACUACCAACACAAAGCUUGCAAUCUUCUUCUUUGGCUACCGGUGUGGACGGAAAAAGAAAAGUUUCCAUCAUGGCCGAUGAAUCUAGCAAGGAUCGCGAAAACCAGCCCUCAGAGAGGAAUGGACGCAUUUCGACACAAGCUGAAGGGCCUUCACGCCGUAAAAGUAACCUACACAAUGCUCUACACGCAGAAAUGGAUUCCUCAUGGGAACGACAAGGACACAUCGAAGGGAGAUUCAAAAAAUAUUCUACGACAUCCUCAGUAUACUCUAAAAAAGCAUUAUCACAUCAAAGCGAACACAUCGAAAGGUCGUGGUGGUAUGCGUGUUGCGCUAAGUGUCACCAAGAAGACUCCGGGAUUCCUUCGUGGGAGCCUCCACACUGGCAGAGAGUAUGCCCAUACCCACUAUGUCCGUCUUAUCGAACAUUUGCGCAAACUAUAUCAGUACUCCUCAUUGGUAUUAUGGUUUGGGUAACGAUAUGGAUCGUGAUGGGCGAGACGGCGGCCCCCGGCGGCCAACUCUUCACGCUAGCCGUGCUCACAAUCGCCGCAUACUUCGGUGGAUGGGUCAUGAUGAAAGUGACCACUUUACCCGCACUCAUAGGAAUGUUAUUCGUGGGAUUACUAUUAAAAAACAUCGGCUUCGUAAACUUUGACAAGUCAUACCAACACAUAGCUUCUUAUAUCAGAAAAAUAGCGCUAACAAUCAUUUUAACUCGUGCUGGUAUGGACCUGGAUCCCGUGGCUAUGAAGAAAUACUUCUUCACCGUAAUCAAGUUGGCCUUAAUACCGUGGACCUUUGAAUUCCUUUUGUGUGCUGUGCUGGCAUACUUCUUUCUGGGACUACCUUGGGUUUGGGCUUUUCUUCUGGGCUCUAUAGUAGCGGCAGUGUCCCCUGCUGUUAUAGUACCCUGUUUGUUCCGUCUGCGCGGUAAGGGCUACGGAGUAUCGAAAGGCAUCCCGACGCUGGUGCUGGCAGUGUCCGGAGUCGAUGAUGCAGCCAGUGUUGCAGUAUUCGGCAUUAUAUCAUCGAUUAUGUUCUCCAAUUCGUCGAUGACUAUGAAUAUUAUUCAGGGUCCAUUUAGUGUAUUCGGUGGGAUCGCCUUUGGAGUCCUGGCCGGAUAUAUGGUGAAGUACAUCCCGGAACGCAACGAUGCUUUCUUGGUACCAAUACGAGUUUUACUUCUUCUCGCUGGAGGUCUCAUGUCAGUUUUGGGUUCUGAAGAGAUCGGCUGGGGAGGUGCUGGUCCUCUUGCCGUAAUUGCUUUCGCAUUCAUCGCAUGUAAGAACUGGGUGGAACUUGGCUGGGAACUUGAAGACAAUCCCGUCGCGACGGCUUUCGAGAUAUUCUGGAUGUUCUUUGAACCUAUGCUGUUCGCUGUCACUGGAGCACAAGUUGUUAUAGCUGAUCUGGAGCCUCAUCUAGUUUUAGUGGGAAGCUGUAUACUUGCCACAUGUGUUGUGCUGCGAGCGAUGGUGACCAGUGUCUCUGCCAUCCGCAGUAACCUUAAUAUGAAGGAAAAGAUAUUCGUCGGCCUGUCGUGGAUGGCUAAGGCUACAGUACAAGCUGCAUUAGCUCCGGUUGCGUUAGACGAGAUAAGGAAAAUGGCGGGAGUAGAAGGACCCGACCCUGUGCUUGUGGAGUAUGCGGAAACAGUCAUCACUGUCUGCAUCAUGUCGAUCAUCAUCACUGCCCCUAUUGGAGCCAUCGUCAUAACACUGGCUGGACCCAAAUUGCUCUCUAGAACAUCAAAGCCACCUGUCUUGGAAGGAUGGCGUCGAUCCCACCGUCCGUCUAUUCGCGACAUAUCGAUCAUAGACGAGGAGGAGACCGCGGAACGAGACGCGGAAGCGGACGUGCAACAAUCGUCAGAAGCCGCGGCUCCAUCACCCUUCGUACCACCUACCAUUACGGUGCAGCCGAUCCAGCGCCCGUAAACUACUUCCCGAUAUUAGAGGUAAAAAGUCAGAUAUCAGUCACAUCAAUUUGUGAAGUGCAGUCUACAGUUGAUUCUGUGUUGUGGACAUCUAAGCGUACAUUUAAAAAAAUCUUUUUUUUUUUUGUAUUUUUAAUCGGAUAAAAACAAAUGCUGUUUUCAAAAGUAUGUAAGCAACUGACUUUUUGGCUCUGAUGGUAAUAUUAUGGAAAAUCAUAUUAUGGUAAAAUGAAUAAAUUGACUUAGUAAGGUGUAUGUUUUCAAAGAUCAAACCGAAAUUACAAUCGUGAUUAUUUCUAUUUUCGAAAUCUAACUUAAUUAAUUCAGGAAUUAACAUCAGAAUUUAGUGAAGUCCAUUUGUUUCGAUUUUGAUGUUGCUUAAUGUGCGGGAAAGAUAAGGCUAACAUAACAUAAUACUACGACACGAAAUUCAUUAGAUUUCAAACAUCACCGUCACGUUUACUUAACUACAUAAUAUAUAAAUAAACGUAAACACACAAAAGGUUAUAAAAAUAACUACCUUUUGUAUUCCUUGUGAUAAAUGUAUACUUAAUGGCUUUUGUGAGACAACGUCUACGGUUUGCCUUAUUGGACGUUAACUACUUAUAUAUAUUUGUAAUAUAAAACUAAAUAGGAGAUAUAUUCAAUUAAUAGGAGAUAACAAUUGAAAGUAUUAUAAUUUAUACAUAGAAUUUAGCUUCGAUCAGUAUUCUUAUUUAUACUGUACUUAUGUAAUUUAGUUUUUAGUAAGUUUAUAAGCUUUCGUACGAUUUUCUGGUAAAAACAUUAAUUAAUUGAUUUGUCGCAUUCGUUGCUCAGUGCUAAUAUUCAUUCACGUACUUAAUCUGUAUAUUAUGUUUUGUAUAGACAUUCCUAGCCUUAGCUUUUAUGAAAGAUUUGUAUUCAAUUCAAAGUAAAAACAAAUUUAAUCUGUGGCCUUAUAUUACAUUACUUUUUUCAUUAUUGAAAUAUUUUCUAGUAAGUAAUUAAUUAAGCUUUAACCAGUGAUAUAUUUUGGGACCAACAUAAUUUCAAAUGAACUCGUAUGUAAGAAAGUAAUGUGUUUAAUUAAAGUAUAAUAAAUUAAUGGCAAGAUUUAAGAAAUUGUUUUAAUGCUAAUUACCUAAUUAUUUAAGGCUAAUUCAGAAUGUAUAUUUGAACAGCAAUAAAACUAAGAGAUGAUGAAA